CGACAGACUCAUGAGCGUGCGUCAUUUCAUGGAAUUAGGUUGAGACUGUUCGUUGUCAUAUAUCCUCUACAACCACACCAAGCCAAUCACAUCCACCUUAGCAAACCCUCGUAUAUACGUAUAAUUCUCACGCUGACACCAGCGAGAGAGGGAUAGAGGAGAACAUUUUGGUAUGGAGCUGAGCAUUGUUGGGAGCGUGGGCCCGGAUUUCGACCUCCCGAACGAGAUACUGGCUGUGAUUCCGACUGAUCCCUACGAUCAGCUCGAUCUCGCCCGGAAGAUCACCUCCAUGGCCAUAGCCUCGCGUGUGUCCAACCUCGAGUCUGAGGUUGCCCGCAUGCGCUACAAGCUCCAAGACAAGGACCGCGUUGUCUUGGACCUGGAGGAGAAGGUCUCUCGUCUCGACUACGCCUACCGGGAGGCCGACUCGAGACUCAAAAUCGCUCUCGACGACAAUAUGAGGCUAUCAAGGGAACGAGAUUCGUUGGCAAUGACUGCUAAAAAACUUGGCCGUGAUUUGGCAAAGUUGGAACAAUUUAAGAAGCAACUCAUGCAGUCCCUAAAUGAUGACAAUUCAUCAUCAGCUGAAACUGUUGAUAUUGGAACCUGUGACCAAUUGAUUCCCAAAUCAUAUCCAGACAAGGACGAGAGGGCAAAUGGCUACAUGGGACAUCAAUCUGAUGAAGCAUCAAGGCAUGCUAGGCAAAGAUUUUCUAUUACUCCAUAUAUCACUCCACAGCUUACGCCAACUGGAACUCCAAAAAUUAUUUCUACAAGUGUGUCCCCUACGAGUUAUUCUGCUGUUGGAUCUCCCCGAAAAAACUCUGGUUCAACAUCUCCCACAAGACUGCCCUACGAAGGAAGGACUACGCAGUCUUCAUGGUACCCAUCAAGCCAGCAGUCAUCUGCAGCAAACUCUCCUCCUCGUGGACGACAACAGCCAGGGCGCACUCCUCGAAUAGAUGGAAAGGAGUUUUUUCGGCAAGCCAGGAGUCGGUUAUCAUAUGAGCAGUUCAGUGCAUUUCUGGCUAAUAUCAAGGAACUAAAUGGUCAAAAGCAAACUCGAGAGGAAACUCUAAGGAAAGCAGAAGAGAUAUUUGGGAUGGAUAACAAAGAUCUUUACCUAUCAUUUCAAGGAUUGCUAAACCGCAACAUACAUUAAAAUCAAAGUGCAUUGCUUGCGAUGAUUUUUAAUUAGUGAGAACUAAAAUAUGAAGAACUCAGCCUCGGGGGUAAAGAUUGGUGGCAGUCUCUCUGCAAAUGAUUAAAGAGAACAUGUCAUCAUAGUAUACUCAUCUCUCUACUUUUGUUCAAGAUUAUUCCAUCCAGUGGCUCAUUGGGUGUUGUGGGGUGCCGAUGGCAACUCUUGGGGGUUUGUUGUGUAUGGGUUUGUUGCGGCUAGGGUUAUGAACGAAUGAAAGCAUAUGUAGAAGGGUAAGCCGUUGUUUUGCUCCAGAUUUUGUUAGGCUGACCGCAUGCUAGUUUUUUUUAUGACCAGUAAUUCUGCCCAUGCCAGAACACUGAAAAAUGUGGAAAACAUCUUAUUUUUA